AUGCAUGAAAGAAAGUCUAAGAUUCCACUUGAUGUGCAGCUUAUGAUGGCGACAGGACCAGUUAAUAACAGGGAAGUUGUUUAUUACCCAUGGAGUGACCAAGGAGCGGCUAGAGCACCUCCGUCGCAGCAGAUGAGAGUUCCAGCAACAGCAAGCGGCCGAGAACGAAGCAAUUCUGAAGCAGAGAGAAGGUGCAUGCCACCAGGAAGAACAUGUGCAAGAGUUCGCCGGCAUAGCCAAGGUGUAACAAUAUCACAAGAAAAAAAAUGA